AUGGAUAAGGCUGCAUAUGCUUCACUGCUUGACCUUCCUUCCUCCGCAGCAGACCUGGGUCCAGGUGAGCGGAGAGGAGAGAGUGCGUAGAUACAGCGCAAGUCCACUAUCACUAUAAAAUGAAUCACGCGCAAGUCACCCUCCCUGCUCUCAACUUGCUGUGGAGCACACGGUGGACAUCGUUUGAAAAAACAGUCAAACUGUCGUGUGUGUGUGUGGACUCGGUCCAUAUCUGUCCUCAUUGCGACCGCACCUUCACCGCACACAUCGGCCUGGUCGGUCACCUGCGAAUCCAUCGCACAGAGACUGGCAAACCAGUGCCUGCGGCACCAACUGACACUCGUCGCACCGGCCUCCACUGCCCACGCUGCCCCGGCACACUCACUCACUCCAUGGGUCUAUUCGGUCACAUUGGGUAUCCACGGGAGCGUAACUGACUGCAGUCGCGACAAACCUAGCACCUCUUGCAUUUCCGCCAUGCUUAGCCCAAAUCAUACGCCGCCGCCCAGCGUGUCGACUAUCAGCAUCUCCAUCAGUGCCACCAUCUCCAAAACUGCCGACGUUUCCUGUCCACACUGUCCCCGUACACUCACCUCACACAUCGGUCUGGUCGGUCACUUGCGAAUUCGUCGCACAGAGACUGGCGAACCAGUGCCUGGAGCACCAACAUGCACUCGCCGCGUCCGCCUCAUCUGCCUUUACUGUAUCCGCACAUUCACUCAUCGCAUGGGCCUAGUAGUCCACCUGCGCAUCCACGAAAACCUGCGGUAGACGACCGCCGGGUAGUCCGCACCAUCAUCUCAUCUCCCACCAACAGCUGCAUCACACAACAUCAUCAUCCAUCACAAGCAUCCAACUGCCACCCCCCACAUAAGUGGGAGGUGGGCAUAUCGGCUCCGUCUCCAUGCGGUCCAUACUGCAUAUGUGAUUCGAGUCUGAGGCUAUCACGGCGCGUCAUGCGUUGUGGCUUGGACGGCUGCUGACUGACGCCCCAACUCAGUCCACACAGUCUGCCCAGUUAUACAAGUGUUUGAGCGGGGUGGCAGACUGGUGGACUUAGAGUCAGGCUGAAACAGCUCCUUCUUAACGUGACCUACGGCAUUCUCGCGCAUGUGAGAUGUGUGUCGUCAACCCCCCGUUGAGUGAAAUCCUGGUGUAUGUGUAUCUGGGGGGCCAGGUCGUGAAUGUGACCCACGCAAACAAGGUCACCAGACUAUGUCAGCCACCGAGCCCAUUCCCCGCAUCUGGCAAUUGACCGGCUCGGACAGUGACGGAGGCCUGAGGUGAGGUCGACGACUCAGCGCAUAUUCCUCACUAUAAACAACCUGACGCGCUUGAAGCUAUCACGUUGCGCUAAAAGUCGUGGCUUGGAAGGUUGCCAUCUGACGGAAUAACUUGGACGUCACAGUCGACCCAUCGUUGUAUGAUUGUGUGGAGCGGCCGGAUGGUGUUCUAAGAGUCAGGCUGCAGUGGCUCCUUCUUAAUGUGGCCUUUAUGACAAUCCCGUUGCGUGGGGUCCGAGCCAGAUGUGGCGGCACGCCUAGGUGCGGCUUCGGCUGUGCUAGCCAACCUUUUGUUGUUGGUCAACAACUCUUCCGGUGGGGCCUCGUAGCUCAGAUGGUUAGAGCGUUAGCUGUACUAAGGUCUUUCCUUGCUGUCGUGGAUUCGUAUCCCACCGAGGCAUCCAGUUUUUCACAGUUGGGUGAAAGUGAAUUAUUUGAGAUCUGCCAAAACACCUAUGAAAAACUCGGUCAUUUACUGUGUGGGCUAGAGGAUGCGGAGUGGAGCGCCAAGGUGCGGGCUCUAUCGUUCCAUCCACCUGCGCCCUCCUCCGUCUCCGGAGGAGGGAAGAGUGCCACAGGUGCUGUGCAAGCCUACUACCGCUAUAAGCUAAAUCACGCCCAUGUCAUUGUCCCUGCUCUCACCUUGCUGUGGGGUACACUGUAGGCAUCGUCGGCAACGAUGUUCAAACUGUUGUCGUGAUCGGUCCAGCCAGUGUUCGUGGAACACGCCAUCACGCCACCCUCGUACUUCCAACCCCUGUUGGACUGUUUUUGUUGUUGUAGGUUAAGUGUAUAUCGUGAACCGGAGGGUAUGCUGGCACGCCUAGUUGUGGGUCCGGCCUUGCCAGUCACCUGACCCGCCACCGUCUAUCUUGCCCGUUGCGGUGCUGUUGUUGUCGAUUAAAAUUCUGUUCAAGUGUUUGUUAUGGACCGCAAGAUAUGGUGGUACGCCCAGGUGUGGGUCCGGCCGUGCCAGCCGCCUGCGCCCUCUCCUGCCUCCGGUCUUCUUGACUAUGCUUGACACCGGAUGCAGGUGGGAGAGUAGAAGAGAGUGAAGUAGAUACUGCGGGAAGUCUUGAAGAAGAAGAAGAAGAAGAAGAAGAAGAAGAAGAAGAAGAAGAAGACACGAUCGCCGGGACAAGAGCUUUAUUAGCCUGACGUUUCGGAUUCCUGCUCGAAUCCGUCAUCAGAGGCAUAAGCAGAUAAGGGUGGCUCAUGCACAUGCGGCUGCAGUAUUUAUAGGAUGCAGUAGCCAUGCUACCGCAUACCUAUGAAUAUUCACGGCUCCCUCCCUUUCAUCAGGGAUCGUUGCACAUGGCGUGAUGGCCGAUAUUCGCGUCGUUAAUUGCUGCAAUUUCAUCACGUGCGUUGGAUGUUGAUGUGAUGAUUGCUCGACCAUCUGAAGCGCUGACCCGGGUGUUGGGAAGAGUGUUUGCCAGUGCGCUCCCCGCGUGGCCAAUUACUCCGCCUAGACGAAGUCUCAGCACGCUGUAUUGAAUGGGAAGAUCGUUGCACUUGUUAAUAGACUGGGGGCCAGUAAACCAUGACUCAAGCAGCUCCCGGCUCACGCGGUUGUCACCUCUUGCGAGAAUUUCGGUCUCAUCAAAUUUGAAUGUGUGGCCUAAACCCGUCGAAUGAGUCGCAACUUGAGAGCUGGCGUCAUUUCUGCGCACCGCUGCCGCGUGUUCGGUCAUUCGCGUUCGGAGCUGUCUUCCGGUUUCUCCGACGUAGUUGCUUUGUCCGCAACUGCACCAGAUCCGAUAAACGACUCCAGACGUUUCUAGCCGUGGCAGUGGGUCUUUCGGUUUCAUGACCAGACGCCUGAUGGUUGCCUCCGGUCUGUGUGCCACUCCAACCCCAAGUGGUGCGAGAAGGCGGCCGACAGCUUCCGAAACGUUCUUGGCAUACGGAAGUGCCCGCCAAGAUUUGGUGUCCGUGCGGUUAGGCCUUUCGCCCCUUUUGCGUAUGCACCGGUUGACGAAGUUGCGCGGGUAGCCAUUGGCUUUGAAGACUCGUCGGAGGUAUUGUAGUUCCGCAACUUUGUCUUCCGGCUCACUGCAUUGCGUUUCGACACGCCGAUAGAGCGUCCUUACACAACUGCGUUUGUGACUGAUUGGGUGGCUGCUGUUGAAGUUCAGUACUUGCAUCGUGUUUGUCGCUUUCCUGAGCACUUUGGUCUUUAGUUCACCACAAUCUUUGCGGCAAACGAGGAUGAUCCCUGAUGAAGGGGAGGGAGCCGUGAAUAUUCAUAGGUAUGCGGAAGCAUGGCUGCUGCAUCCUUUAAAUACUGCAGCCGCAUGUGCAUGAGCCACCCUUAUCUGCUUAUGUCUCUGAUGAUGGAUUCGAGUAGGAAUCCGAAACGUCAGGCUAAUAAGGCUCUUGUCCCGGCGAUCGUGUCUUCUUCUUCUUCUUCUUCUUCUUCUUCAAGACUGCUUCCUGGGACUCGUCUCUUCGCUUCUAUUGGUACUGCGGGAAGUCUACCAUCACUGUAAAGUAAUUCAUGCGCAAGUCACCGUUCCUACUCCGCCUUGCUGUGGGGCACACGGUGGACCUCGUCGGCAACGACGGUCGGACUAUCGUGUUUCCCCAGAGUUAAAUAUUGAGACCCAUUUCUCCCCUAAUAUACGCGGACGGUGUGGUGAGAGACCUGGACUGCGAAGCAGCAAUGCUUACUGACGACAGGAAAAUUUGAAGUAUAAUCCGGAGCCCUGGCGACGAAGAUGGGCUGCAGACCAAACCAGAUCAGUUGGGAAUGUGACCAAAUUGUUGGCUUAUGCGGUUCAACAUCGGCAAACACAUCAUACCUGGCCUAGACAACCCAAUCAGAUCCGCCGGCGCAGCUCCACAAGAGGCGAAUGCGCAAAUGAACCCCCUUAAAACCAUCCGCGCAUUACUUGAUAGUGAUAAAAGCGCAAUUUCCGUAUUGCUCACUAUGAAGAGGGCCCUUGUGAAUUUUGAUAAAGAUCACACUCACAAAAUUGUCGGAACACUUAUGAGGCCACACCUGAAGGAUGCCAUAAAAGCCUAGGCAGUGCAAGGACCAAAUAGUCUCAAGGAAGAGCCACCAAAAUGGUCAAGGAUCAAAUCCGCCUGCUUUAUAAAACCAUCCUAGCGGAUCUAAAUCUCCUUUCUUUGAGUUAUAGCAAAUACGCGGGGAUCUCUUACAAGGAUUCCAUAUCGUGUAGGUAGUGAAUAACGGCCUGACAUUUGGGGACUUUUCGAAUUUGCUACCACGACCAGUUUCCGAUGUUACCCCAUUAAAUCUGAGCGUUCAUCAGGCAAGGCUAGAUGUACGCAAGUUCUGCUGUGACAGCUAUUGUGAUGUCACAGUCGAUGGAAGGAUUUAAAAUAAACCUUAACCAAUUCAUGUUUCGAAAAGAGCAAGAGCGAUGACAGACUGAGCUGAAUUCUUAAGACACACGCACUAAUUUUCCUAUUUUCAUGGUCCUCUCUGAACUAUUCCAAACCCGCACGGUUCCUCUGCAGACUACACCAAUUUUACGUUGCAAAUAGGGUACUCGAAGACACUCUUUUUUCCCUCAAUAAAUUGAACUGAAUGUUCACUAAGGUCUGUUAUUACUGCACUGCGCUCGCAAUAAAACAUCAAAUUGGCCACCGGCAGGAACCGCGCCAGUGGUCUCACGGUAGCUGGUACUCCCGCACAGGAAAGUGUAGAAGCCUUCGACUAGUCGCUGGGUGUCAUCGAAUCUUGGGCCUCCAUCCUUUGCAAAGGCCAGGGCACACGCAUGUGCUGACGUUCUGCCUUCAGUCUUUGGCGGCACAGCCUAAUGACCCUGCGACACGUGCUGAAGCUUGGGCCAGACCAAGAUUGGGACGCUUAGACGCACUGGAAAUGUCACCAGUAGGCAAGGAUAGGAAAUGCACUGUGUCGCCGAGACGCAUGGCAUGAAAAGACACCGAUCUGUAGCCGCUAUUGCAAAAGAAAUUACCCUGUCCGCGCCCAACGAGUGUAUCCUGAUGAUACCGGCGAUAACUGCAGGUGAACUGAGGGUAAACAAUGUGCCGGACAGGUGACAGGAGGUAGACCACGGGGACUAGAGUCUCGGCGUUCAGUCUUCCUUUGCGGUACUUGGGAGAUGGCAACGAAGCCGCUGAUAGGGGGCGUCCUGUCUGUCCAGAAACCAGAGCAGGUGGUCCAAAUUUCAGAACAGGAAGGAAAAGGUGGUUUGAAAGAUUUAAGGAUAAUAAGCAACGCCUUGCUAAGGCCCGUAGUACUGUCCGCAAAAGAGGUUAACUUGUAACUUCCUCUUGGUACUGUAUACUUUUCACGAUUUCAGCAGGUGAUUGGCUAAACAAGGUAUACCACGAGCUGGGUUCGUGUCUACAUUGUAGUAAUUGGCGGGGUUGCAUUUAAACUUUAACAGAACCAUUCAACCUCUCAUGUGCAUAGGGGACUUGUGAGGUCCAACGUCUUUCCUGGAGUUCCAUUCUUUGAAGGAAGAGGAUGAUAAAUUGGCAGACCACUUUGGAAGGAUGGAGUAUGGGGAACUCCUAGAAAUAUUUCACAAACUUUCCCUGUUGAGGCGAUUUCACAAAAUUCGCGCGACUCAGAAAGUGACCAAACAAACAUUAGCUUUGGCCUUCUAAGGCUCGUCCCUAGGCUUUUAGUGUUGAGCACCAAUGGGAGUGAAAUGGUAGGAGCACUACUACGACUACUAAUACUAAUACUACUAUUGCUACCGCCACUGCUACCGCCGUCGCUAUCCUUACUCAUAUUAGUCAUCCGCCAAAAGUUCUUGGGAGAAACCUGUCAAACACAACUAAGUCAGCGUGCUACCGGGACUAAAUUACACCUCAAAAUUGGUCCACUGUUUGGUUUGGAUAUUAGCAACCGUCAUCAUGCCUAUCGUUAAUCUUAGUGGCAAAAGUACGUGCAUAAUGUCAGAGUUACUAGCAUAAAUAAAUUGUAGACUCUGCGCGAGCCUUAUGCUGGUUUCUAGAGCCUAGAGGACCUAGACGUCACCAUAUCAUGAAGUAUUCAGCAAAAUUUCGAGGUCGAUCUGAAACUCACCGUGAUCCAAAACGAACGAAAAGUGUAAAUUAAUUUAACGGAAGAAAAGUUCUCUCUAUAAAAACAAAAUGGUAUGUUUACGAUCACGCCUGUCAGUUCUACUUAGAUUUAUUAGGCACCGGCAUCUCCUUUGUUGAUGCAUGACGCAACUGUGAAGGCUCAGGGCUCACCAGCACGUCCCAAAAUGCUCUCUACGAGGUUUUUAAAAAUAUGAACUCAAAAUUUAAAUGUUAAGCUAGCAAUUUGGCAGUGUACUAGGGGAAGGACUUGAAGAUCUGUGCCGGGAACACCAAUCUUUUGGAUCAGCCCCUGAGAGGAAGACGAUAAACUGCCGCAAAAUGACCACGUAUUGCCCAUUUUACAAGUCAGUAGUAUAAUUACAUAAGACAGCAGUUCGCCGCAGUUUCAACAUGAGAACUAGGACGAGGCAGUUGCGAGGGAGUUGAAUCCUCCAGUGGUUCCAGCGUCUCUUCUGAAUGUGUACCUGACUAUCUGAGUUCAGUAGGGGUACUUACAGUAGGUGGGCUAAUUCAUGAAAUGUCAGUCGAACUUUCGAAAUGCGUUUUCGUUUCGAAAAGAUUAAUUAGGUAGGGUUGUAAAACUAAUAAUCAUAAAGCAUGAUUCUAUACCGAUUCAGAUACCUCACGAUGUCGGGUUUUGAACGAACUUCUUUCCGGCUACAUGCAAAAACCAUUCUCCGUAAAAAUGACUACUUAUUUAGCAUGCAUUUUUUCAUUUAUUUUCGGUGCCCUUAAAGAUUAAGUUAUAUUUCAUAGAACCAUGCAUAAAAUUAUUUAUUCUAUCGCUCAUUCGGUAGAAGGUUAAGUCUUAUUCCAGUUGCAUAUUCAAAGGAAGGCUAUGAUUCGGUUCUCAAGAACUUCUCCAAUUCCUGAAUAAUGUUGAACCCCGACCGGCCGUUAAACUUGCAUUCCAGGUUUCCAAACUACAAGCCGUUUAUUUUCCGCGUGCGAAAAACCAAUACAUUUCUCUACAUUAUUAAGAGGAAACUAUGUAGCAGUAGCUUUGAACAAUAUUGCUAACGUCACAAGCCACACCAGUAAAUGUGGAGACAUGACGUGUUAUGAACGGCCAUUUCACGGCAUUGAAAGAUCUAACAGUUAAAAACUUUUUUAAAACCGAAUUAUGUCCCCCCUUCGAGUAAAAAAUUAGAAGAAGACGUAAUUAUCUACCGAAUGAGUAAAAGAAUGAAUAUUUUAGGCAUGUUUUCCAUAAAAUAUAAUUGGACAUUUAGGGGCAUCGAAAAUCAAUGAGAAAAAUGCAUGCUACAUAAGUAGUCAUUUUUACAGAGUGUAGUUUUUGCGUGUAGCCUGAAAGAAGAUCGUUCGAAAGCCUACAUCCUAAGGUAACUGAAUAAUUAUAGAAUUGUGUUGCGCAAUGGUUAGUUUUACAAUUCUACUUAAUUAAUCUUUUGAAAACGAGAACGCAUUUCGGAAUUUCGGUUGACAUUUCACGAGUUAGCCCACCUAUUGUAUUCCUGUGUCCUAGCUUUGACCCUAACACCAACCCCCAAAAUCGGCCUCCAGGGAGGUAUCUAUCCUACUGUCCGUACUUUGACCCUAACCCUCCCAGCCCUCGUAACCCCUUAUCCUCGUAAUCUCAAUCCCAACACGCCUAAUCCUAAAACUAACUUUAACCCAUUAAAAUUUAGAGCAAAACACCAGCAGUAGAGGAGGCCCCUACUUCCGUACCCUGCCCUUAGCCCUAAUCCUAGUUUCUCUGCCAUCCUCGAGGUCCUUAGGAGAUCGGAUAUAUUUUAUGGAAGAUCUGCCUAAAAGUAAGCCUUCGCGUGCACAUGUUUUCUUGGCAAAUUACAUCCUCUCCGGCUUGUACAUUCAAAAAGGGUGUCUGUCUGUUUAGAAAAACUUCCUUAUAUUGACACUUUAUUUGAUCCUGAAAUGCCCGUUGUAAACAGCCUCGCAGCUGGCUGUUUAUAAAUGCCCUUUAUGAGGUUUACAACGCAGUCCACAUCCAUUGCAUAUUUUUUGAGUUCUUUAAAAAUAGUUUACUGAUGGCAUAGGGGAGUGUAUGGUUUUUCUUAGAUGAAAAGUAUGCAGAUUGUAGUUUCAAGACCACAAACGUAAGCGUAAUGACAGGUCGGGUUGAAAAUUACUCCGAAAUUUGUCUUUCAAGAAGACUUACUUGGCUAUAAAAUUAACGCAAGAAAACAAGUUUCCACACGUGUUUUCUGUUUGAAUUUAUAAGGGAAUAAAAUCAACGAAGAAAACACUUCCCUUACGCAGCCAAUUUACAACCUGUGCGGUUUUUUCGGGCAGCUAGAAGUGAGCUCAUUGAAAAGCCGGCAUCCUGUCGUGACUGAAAUAACUUGGGAUUAUGUAGUUUGAUACGCGAGAACGGUUCACUGUUUAGGAUAGGUAGCGAGUUCGAGCCUCGGGGACCGCGUGACCUGGGGUUGGGUAUGGCUGGCGGACGACAUCUAACAAGCCAGGAAUGUGCAUUCCAGUCCCCCUGGUCUUUGCUGAUAAUGCCAUUCUAGAAAUAUAUAUACAUCUUGUUCAUCAUUACAAAAAUAAGAAACAGAAGAUGCGAUUUCAUGUUACAUGCAGUACGUGACCUGUCUCAUGAAAUCUGAUAACGGAAAUUGAUUAGAGAAUUGUUGGACGCCUUUAAUGUAGCGCAUUCAAUGAAAUGUCCUUUUCUUGUUCAUAAAUUGCGUUUACGUAAUUAUAUCAAGUAAAAUAUCAGUAAAUUUUAGCGAAACUAGACGUUUGAAUAUAUUUUCGCAAUUUCCCAUGCUAAUACAUGUCCCAGACUCCGGUUACGCAACUGAGCGACUUUUUCAUUGAAAGGAUAGUAAUUUACCUACGAGAGUUUUAAUAAACAGAUUUAGCCGGACUAUAAAUUUUAUUUUGUGUCCGAUGUUGACCAUGAUUAUCAAUCUCCUAACAAAAAAGUUAUUUUAAGAAAACCAGGGAUUUUAUCAAUUCCUAAAUGUCGAAUUAGCAGAUCUGUGCUUUUGGUGCCCUAAAUGCAGAUAGAGAUUCCUUCGUUUAAGUGGGCUAAAAUUUUUUGGCCGUUUGGAAAAUUCUACCUGAUGUCACAUAGAUGACCACCACGGAAUGGUCAUUUCCAGCUUUAAACAUAUGACACAGUACUUUUCUAAUAUUUUAGCUUCUGUGCAUAUCUCAUUCAGAAAUAGAACGAGCAAAACAUUUUUAGUCUCAUCAAAAUAUCAGUAUUUGUAUGGGCGCUCUGCGGUGCAUUCAUAAUCGAAGAACUGAGUCUAAAAGCGAGCAACAACAGUGAAAGUCGUCCCAAUGUAUAGAGGAAGGCAUGUUCUUGCGUUUACGGUAGAAAAAUAUUAGUAUUGCUAAGGAACGUGAAAGAAACCGUCACAAGUGUCUGAUUUUUACUUGGCCUCACCGUGCAAAAAUGCAAAGUGCACAGAGAUCCGUCGACGGAGUGCAGUAAUAAAGCACAUUCUAAAGAGGUAACUUAUUAAGGAAAGUUUUCUUAUUGAUCGAAGGCAUAUUCGUUAGUGACUUUCUUUGUGGACAGUCAUUUUUCUCGAAAAUGAAGUUUGAUGUUUGGAUGAGUCUUCAAAUGUGACCCAAACGACCAUCUUCGUGAAAUGGAGCGCCUGAACACUUACUGAUUCGGUAAAUGCCUUCGAGAGUAAUCUUAUCUUAAAGUUCUCAACAGACAGGUAAUUCAGAAUCUGUCUUUAUGGACGAUCGGGUGAAAACACUAAAAAUCAUGAAGUAUUCAGCAAUAUUUCGAGGCCGAUCUGAAACUCAACGUAACCCAAAACGAAAGAAGAGUAUGAAUUAAUUUAACGGGAGAAAAAUUCUCUCUAUAAACACAAAAUGGUACGUUUACGAUCAGGCCUGUCAGUUCUAUUUAAAUUUAUUAGGCACCGUUUGGCCUCAUGACAUGUCAUCUUGUGAAAUCUUUUGAUCCUACGACGUCCCAAUCGGUGAAAUCAGGCAAAAUCCAGCUUCCCUUGUUGAACCCCAUCUCAUUUAACUCCAAAUCGUUAAUGAAAUUAUGAAACACUGGAAAACUGCUUUGAAAUCUACACACAGAAUGUAGGCAGUUGACAACCCGUCAUAUAUGAAGUCACACUACUUAUUAAACGAUAUUUAGAUGUAAUCUUCACUGAAACACUGUCAUUAGACGUUAUUUUAUGUCUAAUUUCAUAUUUACUACGUGUUUGCUACUAGAAUACAUUCUAUACAUCUAAAAACGAACUUUACUUAAUUAGAGCCAUUUCUGACGUUUUCGGGAUAUUGCGCUUUUCAAAAUAAAUCGACAUUUCUAAACAACGCAACACCGCCUAUAAUAUUUCUUUUAUGUUUUUAAUUCUUUUAAACUUGUACUUAAUUAUCAUAGACAUUUGACUCAUGAAUUGUGUCCGUUUGUGAGUGAGUGGCAAUCAUUCGUAAAUUUCGACACAUUUCAUGAGUUAGGUCACGCACUGUAUAUAUAGGUUGUCGCCAAAGACUCGGGAGACUGUGGUAACGAUUCUUGACCUAUUAGUCAUCAUCAGCCAGUUCAACACAAGUCCAGGUCCACUGCACCGGAAUCAAGAACUUGUGUGUUUUGCUUGUAGAGCGUUUUUAUGAUCGUCGCCCGGCUAGAUCGUAGUUGGUAGCCAGGAAUGGGGAAGCGGACGGCGAACUUAACCCUAGUCCUAACCUUAACCCUUACUCUAACCCUAACCUCAACCUUAAACGUUAACCGUUAACCCUAACCCUAACCGAACUCGUAAACGGAAUCUUAGCCUUUAGACAUAGCCUUAACUUAAGAACCUAACCGUAAUACUUAAACCUUAUCGUACGCUCAAACCCUAACCGUGACCCGAAAACCUAAGCCUAAAGGCAUAACCCUAACCCGAAAAUCGGAAACCAUUAACCGAUAUCUUAAUCCUAACCUUAAACGUAAAACGGAAGUCAAAUGGGUCAGAUUAGAUUAUGGAGCCCCACAAAAUAGCCCCAGUAAACAAACCCCCCAGCCACCUAUAAUACGGGGCCUGGCUACCAACUGCGAUCUAGCCUGUCGCCCUACCAACUGAACCAUGGACUCGUGGCCCAGUCUGUUGCGACCGAGGAUGUUAACUAUGUUGGAAGGACGGCCACCAAAAGGCUACGGAACAUUUUUCUCCCGUUAUGCCGUUGAACUCAAUGUAGAGUCCUCACUGGCAGUCACAUAGCGAUCAUGGGUAUGCGUAGAGAAAGGGGAACUGCAAAAACUAGAAAUAACCAUUUAACUCUCCGUCCAUGCUCAAAUAUUCUCUUUGCCGAGAAAAGGGAGUCCCACUAGUUCCCUCUACCGUCCUCCAUAGCAUCCCAUACAGGCUUUAAUAACAGCUAAGUAGAUUCCUCCCAUUCAGGUGGGCGAGAAAGUCGGAAAAGAUUGCCGAGGAAUUCUGACAAGACUAAAAGUUGUUCGACCUUCCUCAACUUCAUCUUUGCGAGUGUUUUUACUUCCGGAUCGAGAUGUCGAUCCCCCCCUCUCACUGGAUUAUGUACAGGGCUAGUUGAAGUGUACCCUCAUGUCGUUUCUUAUCAGGCCUUUGUAGAUUAGGCGUCGCUUUUCCUGUUCGAGUAAGGUGCGCUUUUAUCCACCUGGCUUGUCGAUUUUUUACACCGCAAUCCUAACUAAUUUGUCUUCUACAAGUCGGCCAGCUGCACACGCCGUAAGUGGCAGGAUGAAUUGGCGGUGUGUUGACAAGUUCCGCUUUCAUCUCCGUCCCACGUAUCUUGGACCAGCUUUUUUCUCCUAGUUCCGCCUUUCCUCUUUACGCAUGCAACGCACGUACUUCCAAAAAGGAGGCCCUUUGUCGCCGACGGAAGUCGCAAAAAAGACAGCAUCUCGGGAAGGCUGUGGGAGAAGGGCAAAAUACGCUGCUAGCGGGGGCGGAAGAGAAGGACAGGAAGAUGGAGAAACAAAAAACUGUCAUUUUUUUAAAAGACUGUCCUUCGGGUUGGUGCAUGUCUGUGUGUGUGUGCGGGCUACCGAUAGUUUGACUUGGAACGAAAGUUAUGGUUGAGGACGACGAUUUUGUGGUGCAAAAGGCAACUUCUCCUCUGCGCCCCUUAAUUAGCGAAUCAUGUUUGAUUCAUUCUCUUAGCGGCUGAUCAACCAAUAAGGGGAAAAACAUCCUUGGAGGUGGUGCUGGAAGAGGAGAAGAAGAAGAAGAAUAAGGAUAACCUGGCAUGUCCACUUGGAUAUGCUAGUUCAGACGUCAUCUGCGACGAUGUCCACCGUGAAUUCGUUUAUAGUGAUAGUGAACUUGCGCUGCAUCCACCUGGACCUGGUGUCAAAAAAGAAUCAAGAAUACCGGAGGCGGAGGGUAACGCAGAUGAUUGGCGCGGCGAAAACCUGCACCCAGGCGUGCCACUGGCCAGGAUAUCGUACAGAAAGAAGAAAGGGGUGGUUCGGACUCCGAUUGGUGGCCUCUCGCCACACCGUCUGCCGAGCCUCCAUCUAACCCUUCGUGUUGGUCCAGCGCAUCUACCGCGUGGUCCGCCUUAG